AUAGCGCAUAAAAACAUCACGUCAGUUUCAGUCAUACAGUCGCUCGUACCGUGCUGUACUUCCCAAAACAAUCAACGUGCGCGCUCAAAUGAAAAAUAAUCACCGUCCUGAUGAUGGUCGUUGAUAAGUGCGAAACGUAGCAAGUGUAGGAUGUGUGAAAUUUUAGGAAUUAUUUAUAAUGAAGAGUGCGGAAAGAUUGUUGCUAGUGUUAAUUCCAGGGACUGUGGUUUUUUUUGGACUGGUACUAGGCCAAAAAGGGUAUACGAUUUGCGACGUACAGGGAUGUAAUUGCACUGUUCCAGCAGGAGGGUGGAAAAAUGUUAAUUGUUAUUUGUUAGACGAUCAGGAGUUGGUGCUCCAAUCGGGCCACAUACCAAAAGAAGUAACCGAAAUCUUCAUUAGCGGAGGUCGAAGUAUUACUUUCAAUGCCAAGACUUUCAGUGGUUUGCCAGCUUGGGCUUUGCUGCGCCUCGAAAAAGUGCGCAGCGUAGUUUUCGAAAAAAGAGCUUUUUUCAACGUACAAUCUUCUAGUCUACUCGUACAGAUACUCGGCUGUGAUGAUCUCUUGUUCAGGAAUCAGGCUUUUGAUGAAAUGCAGGGUUCCUUGUCGACUGAAAUAAUAGGAGCGAAUUAUGUGAAAUUAGAACAAGCACCUUUUAGUAAAUUAAGCAAUUGUACGUUUCAAGAUGUCGGCCAAAUAUCGUUGGAUUCUAAGGCUUUUGAAAUCAAAAACUUGGGGAUCAACGGAAGACAUGGACCUGUCACUGUAGUGCUAUUUGUAAAUGUAGUCAUUCCAGAAAUUUCCAGAGAAGUGUUUCUAACUUCGAUGGCCCAAAUCGCUUUCAGGGACAGCAGAAUCGGAGCGAUUCAUCAGGAAGCUUUUAAAUCAGCAGAAAUUUCAUCUAUUCUAAUGUUCAACACAAGUAUUCAAUCUAUAGAAGCAAGUGCUAUCACGGAUCGGACAUUGGUAUUUGAGUUUAAAAUUAGCAAAUGCACCAUUGGUAAAAUUGAAUCGAAAGCUAUUAUGGCUGGUAUGGCUAAUUUGACUGUUAAUCAUUCCAUUAUAACAGACAUUGAAAGCAAAGCCAUAGCAAGCACUGCAGCCAACGUCGAAAUAAUCGGCAACAGCAUCUUAAAUUUCCACUCGAACGCCAUAAUAAUCCAAAACUGGAACCGCAUCAUCAUGGACCAAAAUGUCAUCAAAAACCUACACUCGGACUUUUUGGUAGCCUCCACUAGUCCAGACAUCAAGUUGAUUUCAUUCAAAGGAAACGAAAUUUAUAACGCCAUGGAAGGUUCCUUGAGUUUCGUGCCCAAAAUUGAGGAAAGUAAACUGAUUUUUGAUGAUAACUUUUUCAAUCAGUCUUGUGGGUGCGAGCUUUCCGAUUGGUUGAGCCUCCUUACAAACUCUAGUUUGCAAACUGAUUUACUUAUGGACACAAGUUUUUGUACUGUAGACGAAAACUUAUCCAGGUGCUUCUCCUUGCCAGUGGGGAUUAUUAACAUGCAAAAUUUUACUGCAAAAACUUGCGUCAACGAGACAAUUUGCGAGCCUUACAAUGGAGAAACUAGAACAAUCAAUAUUACUGGAAAAAUCUUUGUCGAAGAUGACAAUGGAGAAAAGCAAAACUGGCUUAUUUUUAUUAUAUUGUUUAUUGGAAUGUUUAUUAUUGCUUUGAUUGUUACUUUUGUGGUUCUACUUGUACGAGGUAGUAGAUGGCUGAAACGAAAAGGCUACUUCAGAAACAACUACUACAACAACAACCAAAGUAACGAAGAAGAAGAAAACACAAUUGUAACAAUAGACACUGAAAAUGAAAAACUCGAAAUUCCUGAAGAAUUGACUGUAGAAUUUUUACAUGAAUUAUCCAAUCGUCUAGAUGAUCCUAAUACUCAUCAGGAAGCUAGUGACUUAAUUGAACGACUUUAUGAAAUGUUUAUUGUUGAUGAGAGUUAUGAGAAUAAUAACAGAGAGGAAGAAGCUCAUUUAUAUGAAGAGUUAGGCAACCUGAACCUGCAAAUCCCUCCGCCGCCUUACCAAGAACAAGCUCCCGCACCUACAAACACACCAAACACUAACCCUAGAGGAAUUUUAAAAAUAAUGGAAGAAAAAUUUAAUACAUCAGAUAAUCAAAAAAACAGCCUAGAUAUUAGUACGAACAGUACCCAGCCUAUUUUGACUGGAGAUUAUUCGGAACCCAUAGAUAGAGACGUGCAUCUCUACUCCGAAUUAAAACAAAAAGAUGAAGCUAAAAAGGACAGCUUGAAAUCGAAUGGUUCUAUAGCAUUGAGGCCUUUGCCCGAAAAACCUAGUUAUAUGUUUCAGGCGGGGCCUUCUACGAAAUUGUGAUUUUGACUGAAUGAAAUUUGACUAAUAAAAUAAAAAUGUUGUGCAGUUUAUACAAACCUGCUCGUCAUCUUCAAUUUAAUUGGGGUUCAUACAAAUUGCAUGAAAUAAUUUUGUGGCAACUGAAUUGUUAUGGCUUCAAAUCUAGUUGAAUACCUAUAUAAGGAAAUCCAUAAUGUAUAGAAAUUUUACGGUAAAGACAAAAAACCAAUAUUUAACUUGCCCUACUGUGAUAAUGUACAGAAAAACUUACGUCUUUUGUAACGUAAAAAAAUAAAUUAUAGUUAAUUGUGUAUAUUUUUUUGUAUUUUUUAAUUAUUAUGUAUUGUAUAGAGUGUAAUUUGUUAGACAAUAUUAGUGUAUAUUAUUUCUUUUAUACCAAAAAAACCCUAAUAAAAUGUUUUAUAGACAA